AUGGGGAAAAUCGCUACUGUGCUGGUGCUCGGACUUUACCUAUCCACGGUGCUGGCAGAGUUACCGCAUUAUACCGUGUACAAAAGUUUCGAAACUGCGCUGUACGAAUGUGCCGAGUACUUCCGAAUACCGAACUGUACCGUCCAGAACUAUAUCCGCAAUUCCUACCCUGACAACAGUGAAGUGCAGAAUCUGAUCCGUUGUACCUUGAUUAAUCUGGGAGCCUGGGAUGAUCAAACCGGAGGAGGCCGAGAUUACGUACUGCGAAACUACUUCCAACCUGCUCCAGAAGACAAAUGCUACGAGCGGCGAACUCGCGAGUGUAUCUACAAGUUUGACUUUUUCUGUCCGUACAAGCGAGCUUACGAAACCUUCCAAUGCUACUACCACUACUACGGAGAACUGAUCACGGACGAUCAAUUCGUUCGUCAUGAAAUCAACGAACUGCAGCAGCUGACCUUGACCGGGCUCAACAUCUUGAAUCUGCCUCAGGAUGUUCUCAUCCAAUACUGCCGUGGCAACAUUCUACAAGAACCCAAUUUCCCGGAGUUGCUGUAUCUGCUGCUCAUCCGAGGAGGGUUCUACAGUAGCCAAGGUGGAUUCCGGUUGGAUAAUCUCUACACACAGUUAGGCGAUCCGCUUCUACUGGAACCACAGACACAACAGUGCAUUAAUGACGUGUGGAAGCAGAACUGCAGUGCCGAUGAGGUCACAAAGGUUUAUCAAGCGGUCGUCAGAUGUUUAGGUGAAAUUAACCAAAUAGUUCAGUACGUACAGGAUGGAGCCAAAGAAUUGGUAGGCGAUGGCGACGGAUGUAUCUGUUCCAAUGCACUUUAUAAUGGAAAUUAG